CUUUCUUCACAGGCUGAUAAUGCUCAUCUUCCUCCUACCGCUAAUACUGAUCAACUACAUUCGAAGCCUGAAGUACUUAGCUCCUCUAUCGAGCAUAGCCAACUUUGUCACUGUUGCCAGCUUCGGAAUCAUUCUUUACUAUCUCAUCCAGGAGGACAUCACUUUCGAAAAUAGGCAAGCAAUUGGGGACUGGAGAGACUAUCCCUUGUUUUUUGGAACGGCGUUAUUUGCAUUGGAAGCUAUAAGCAUGAUAAUGCCACUCGAAAAUGAGAUGAAGACACCACAAUGCUUUGGAGGAACUUGCGGUGUUCUCAACAUCGGUAUGACUGUAAUAGUAUUACUCUACGUAGCCAUGGGUUUGCUUGGAUACUUGGCAUAUGGAAAAGACGUUGGAGGGUCUAUUUCCUAUACAAUUGGAUCAGAUAUACCCGCACUGAUCUGCAAAUUAAUGUUGGUGUUUGCCAUUUUCGUCACACACUCGCUUCAAAUGUACGUCUCCAUCGACAUAGUUUGGCGACAAUACUUGCUGCCAAAAUACGAGAAGAGUCCUUUCAAUACCGUUUACGAAUACAUUAUUAGAACAUUGUUGGUCACUGGAUGCUUCCUUCUGGCUGCAGCAGUACCAUACCUAGACCUUUUCAUCUCCCUAUUUGGAGCGCUGACCCUCUCUGGACUAGGUCUUGGCUUCCCAGCGAUAAUCGAAAUCAGCUUGUACUGGUAUGAGCUCAAAGGAGCUUGGGGGAAAUGGAUCAUUGGAAAGAACAUUCUGAUAGCACUUUUUGCUAUAAUUGGUUUAGUAAUUGGCACUUACACCAGUUUGGAGAAGAUUAUUCUGAAGUUUGGAGAAGACACCAGUGAACCUGAUGACAAUGUUUGAAAUGAUUUAUUUGGUUGGGUAGAUGAUCUACAUAUAUCCCUCAACUGGUCAUUUAAAAUAAAUGACUAUUAUAAUACGUAAGACAUAACCUAGUUUUGGAAGUGAAGGAAAACAGAUUCAGAACCGCAUUCAGAAAGAAAGAAAAUUGAAUAAAGGGUUAGAAGUAUCUGCAAAUUUCAUGAUAAUGUUGACUGUACAAAAAGAGACACUGACAACGGGUUGUGCAAAAAUUUGUAUAACUUACUCUAACCAUAAAAUGAUUCAUAUUGUAACUCUUUUUUUACGUGGAAACGGCUUAGGAACAUUUUUUCUGGAAGAAAUGGCAAUGAGGUACUAACAAUAGAGGGAGCUAUUGAUCAUAUAUACUUAUUUACGUAACAAAAACGUAAUCAAAAACGCGACCUUUUAAAGCGGCACGCAGUAUAACUCGAACAAUUGUCAUUCCUUUCACUCAUUUUUUUACAAUAUCUUUAAAACAAGAUUCUGAAGAUAAAUACACAAAAAAACAUUUUUUUAAAUCCCAUACGUAUUUAUUUACCUAUAAACGUGAACAUGUACAAAGGGUUGUUUUUUUUUCGAGAUCCAAAUUUGCCGUAGCUACGAGUAUGCUUUGUACCGCAAAGCUCCUCAAAUUAUGUGCGUCUCGUGAAAAUGGCUACUCUGCCACAAUUUUUGAAUGAAUGUUUAUGAUUUUUUUUUUCUAUUUGUACUUAGCUGUAUGCUCAACAUCUUCCUUCAAUACCACUUUACUAUCUUAGUCUUCCACAAAAAAUGAACAAAACACACGUUUUUUGACCAAUGGUGGUACCCCUUAAAGGAGGUUGUAUCUAGUUAUCAAUGAUCAAUGUUACCAAGUAUAUGUGCUGUGAUACACAUCGUACAUUUUUUACAAGCCAUACAUUUACAAUAACCAUCUCAUCACAUAUUCUACCAUAUUCAAACGAACAUUCAAAUAGGUAUUACAAAGUUUACUCAUAAUUUAUUGUAACCUUAUAUUAUGUAGUCCAAAAAACAAUAUCGUGUUCAUCUUGAAUUCAUCACAAUAACAUCAUUUCAAACAUUGCCAGUGAUAGAUGCUGUUAUAAUGUCGUUAUUAUUUUUGAGACACCGCAAAAUUACUAUUAAAUGCAAUUUAUAAUUUUCGUGUUCUCACUUCCUGUAAUAUUCUAUGUGAUCUUCUGAGAGCUUACUGACUUAAACACUGACACUUAAAAGACACUUAACGUAAGAGAAGCGGUUAAGGAACAAACUAGAUUUUAGAAAUAAGAUGUAAUUUAUAUUAAAUAAACUCAGACAGUUAAAGAAAAUAUAAGAGAUGUAUUCUUUCACUACUAACUCGAGAAGACACACCUCUGGAUUUCAGGCAGAAGUGUAUGCCAUCUUGCAUUGUGCAAGAGUAAAUAAUCAGCGUACGUACAAUAAUAGAAGGAUGUUACGUUAGCCUACUUAAAAUAAUUCCAUGUAAUGAAUUUUUUUGCCACGCAUCCCAACUGUGACAAUAUACACUGAGAGUCGGGCGUCACUCGAAGCGUUAAAAAGUCCUAGAGUCAUAUCUGCAGUGAUCUGGAAAUGCCAACAAGAACUGAGCACACGGGCGAAACAACAAGGUAACUUUGAUGUGGGUGCCAUAACAUUUAGGUAACCCAGAAAAUGAGCUCGCAAGAAAAGGAUCGUCAACAGCCUUUAUAGGUUCGAAAACCGCCUUGAGGGUGCCUAAAGGCACAAUAAGAAACCAAGCCAAAGAAUCGGUAACAAACCAGUUCCGGAAAUUUAUCUCGGGACCAAGCCUAAAUACGGCUGCGGAACAGCUCUCAACGAGUAGAAAGCAUCUCAGUGUAGUUACAGGCUUUCUGACAUUACUUAAUUUAUUUGAAAACGGAAGAGAUAUAGUAUUAUCAGUGAAUCUACAUACCUGUGCCUCAGGCUAUAAAAAUGACGCACUUCUCAGGCUAGAUAUGUAAUGUACUACUUUAUGAUCACAUGUACAGUAAUACUAACUUAUCCGAAUGAUCAUUUAGCAUCAUGAUGAGUAAAAAUCAAUUUUAUUAACUACAAAUCAAAUUAUUGUAGGAACUAGGAGCUUAUGAUUAAUGAUCCUCUUUCAACUGAAUUCAAUACGUUCUCUUUAACCUUAUAUAAUAAGUACAUUUUUAUAGACAGCAU